CAUGUAUACGUUUGACAUGGCAUUAACUGUAAAGUGUAAACUAAAAUCAUUAAUAAGAUAGAUAGCCUGCUUGUGAGUCAGUCACGGAGUUGCUUGGCUUUUUCAGUAUAAAAUCUAUUUCAGUUGCAUCAUUACAACGCCAAUUAAAUAAGUUAUAUCAUGGCUUCCUUGUUCCUUCUCGUCUUGCUGUUUGCACUACUCACCCCUUCAGGGUUUGCCCAUUUCUUCAGUCCACCAGUAUAUGAGCCCCCUGUACAGAAUCCCCCCAUUGAGAAACCACCAAUUUAUAAACCACUCAAUCACAAACCUCCUAUAGAGAAGCCACCAAUCUACGAGCCUACUAUUUACAAGCCCCCAAUCGAGAAACCACUCAUUUACAAGCCUCUCAUAGAGAAGCCGCCAGUCUACCAACCUCCUAUUUACAAGCCGCCAAUUGAAAAACCACCCAUUUAUGAACCUCCAAUUGAAAGCCCGCUAGUUUACAAGCCUCUAAUUGAGAAACCACCCAUUUACAAGCCUCCCAUAGAGAAGCCACCAAUCUACCAACCUCCUAUUUACAAGCCCCCGAUUGAAAAACCACCCUUUUACGAGCCUCCAAUUGAAAGCCCGCCAAUCUACAAGCCUCCAGUUGAGAAACCACCUAUUUACAAGCCUCCCAUAGAGAAACCGCCAAUCUACCAGCCUCCUAUUUAUAAGCCCCCAAUUGAGAAACCACCCAUUUACGAGCCUCCUAUUGAAAAUCCGCCAGUCUAUAAACCUCCAAUUGAGAAAACACCCAUUUACAAGCCUCCCGUAGAGAAGCCACCAGUGUAUCAACCUCCUAUUUACAAGCCCCCAAUUGAGAAACCACCCUUUUACAAGCCUCCUCUUGAGAAGCCGCCAAUCUACAAGCCUCCAAUUGAGAAACCACCCAUUUACAAGCCUCCCAUAGAGAAACCACCAAUGUAUAAGCUUCCAAUUGAAAAACCACCCAUUUACGAGCCUCCUAUUGAGAAGCCACCAAUUUACAAGCCUCCAAUUGAAAAACCACCAAUUUACAAGCCUCCCGUAGAGAAGCCACAAGUAUAUCAACCUCCUAUUUACAAGCCCCCAAUUGAGAAACCACCCUUUUACAAGCCUCCUCUUGAGAAGCCGCCAAUUUACAAGCCCCCAAUUGAGAAACCACCCAUUUACAAGCCUCCCAUAGAGAAACCACCAAUCUACAAGCCUCCAAUGAAAAAACCACCCAUUUACAAGCCUCCAAUAGAAAAGCCACCAGUCUACCAACCUCCAAUAGAAAAACCUCCAAUUUAUGAGCCCCCAAUUUGGACAACCCCAGUUGAAAAACCACUAAUUUAAAAGCCUCCAAUAGAAAAGCCACCAAUUUAUGAGCCUCCUAGUUUUAAACCCCCACUAGAGAAACCUCCCAUCUAUAAGCCUCCCAUUUCCAACUCACCAACAGAAAAGCCACCAAUUUAUGAGCCUCCCAUUUACAAUCAGCCACCCAUUUACAUGCCCCCAGUACAAAAAUCAUCAGUUAACAAGUCACCCAUUUAGAAACCCAAAAUUUGGAGAGUCUCCCAUACAACGGUUUCCACAUAUCAACAAACUUGCUAUUUACGAGCCUCUGUUGCCUCCCCCAUCAAUUUACAAGCAUAUGUAAAAUAAUAAUUUGGUCUUCACGGUCUCAAGUAGAACAUAACAACGUCUCUCUUAAAUACUAACGACUUAUAUGUUUGGCACCUCGCAUCUCUCACUUUGCAAUACACGAGUAGAUUAGCAGCAGGAGUGAGAAGACUUGAGAGGCAAUGUGCUGUAUUUUGAUUUCUUUUUAUAUGAAGUAUGCUUUUAUCUUUUA